CCGCCCCCCCUGAACACGAGUUGAAUCAGGCCAAAUUGGAAACACCUGAGCCGCGUCAGAGCAGCGUCAGCAUGUGUGCACAUUAGGAUACCGUCCACAAUUACACCGUGAAAUAACUCGAGUUGAGGCCGUUUUUCUGCUGGAGUUAUGACAAGCAUAGAUGUAUUGUCCACCAGGUUUGCCGCCUUUGACAAAAUGCAUUCCUAUGAAUCACGCGAACAAAGCUAUGUAGACUGGCCAUUUAGAGAGGAUUGUUACUGCACUCCUGAAAAGAUGGCCAAGGCUGGGUUUGUCCACUGCCCCAGUGAGAAUGAGCCUGAUGUGGCGUGCUGUUUCUUCUGUCUGAUCGAACUUGAGGGCUGGGAGCCAGAUGAUGAUCCCAUGUCUGAACACUUGAAACGCUCUCCGAACUGUGGAUUCUUAACCUCGAAAAAAGAUUUCACUGAAAUGACCGCGGCUGAUUUCUGUCAUAUGGAAAGAGAGAGGCUUAAGGUCUACCUUAAAAAAAUUUGUCACAAGAAGAUGGCAUAUUUGCGGGAGGACAUAGACCGUACCCUUGGGAGACUUAUAUCUCAGUUUGACAUUUAACUGAUUGAAAUCAAACUUCCUGUCUUUGUUGUGUCAUUUUAUAGCAACACUAAUCUUAAGGGUGUAGCGUAAGCUUUUAGUCUUGACUAAAUAUUUGUAUUUAAUGGUAGUAUGACAUAUCAAUAAAGUUGUUCCAAAUAUUACUCUUCAAUU